CGCGCGCAGAAUCACUGAGAAUGCAAAAAAAGCCUUGGCCUCCCUGAAGAGAGAAAACCCUCGGCUGGAGCCAACACUAGCCAUUAUUCAGGCACAUAAUGAUCAUUUGGUCGAAGAAGUAAACAAGAAGUUUGCUGACGAGGUCGGCCUACGCGUUAUCCACAUCUCUCUUCCCGAAGGCAGCACCACAGAUGAGGUUGUUGAUGAAAUCUUGAAACUUAAUGAGGAUCCUAAUGUGCAGGGCCUUGCUCUUGACCUUCCAGAAGGCGUAUUUAGCAGCAAGGUAUUAAAUGCCGUGAAACCAGAGAAGGAUGUGGAUGGCUUAUCUGAUGUAAACUUAGGAUGCUUGAUACAUGGGGAUGUCUUUGGCUGCUUAGUUUCUCCUACUGCCUGUGCUGUGAUGGAAGUUCUGGAAAAUUUAGAUGGAAAGAAAGUGCUGCUGGUGGGAGCCAGUGGGGCCCUGGGAGCCUCCUUGCAGUGCCUGCUGCACCGGAGAGGGGCGAUGACCAUGAGCUGCCACUGGAAAAGUCCUCGGCUCCAGAAAAAGCUUCAGCAGGCAGAUGUGGUGGUAGCCGGCAGUCCAAAACCUGAAGAUGUUUCAGUCAACUGGAUAAAACCUGGUACUGUUGUUGUCAAUUGCUGUCGUGACUUUCACUCAGAGAAAUACCAUGGUCAACAAAGCAGCCAUCCUGUGGAACAUGAUGUUUGUUCUCUUGCGAUAGCGAUGCGAAUGCAGAACAUGGUGAAAAGCUUAGAGAGAUGGAUCCAAUCCCAGCAGUACAGGAAGUGGGACAUCCGUUGCUUGAAACUACAGCCCCGCUCCCCAGUGCCCAGUGAUAUUGAGAUUUCCCGAGCUCAGAGCCCAAAAGCUGUUGAUGUACUUGCCAAGGAGAUAGGAUUGCUUACAGAUGAAAUUGAAAUCUAUGGCCAAACCAAAGCCAAAGUACGUUUGUCCCUGCUGGAAAGGUUAAAGGAUCAACCAGAUGGAAAAUAUGUUCUCGUUGCUGGAAUAACUCCUACACCUCUAGGAGAGGGGAAAAGCACCGUCACAAUUGGCCUUGUCCAGGCUCUUACUGCACACCUUAACAUAAAUUCCUUUGCCUGUCUGAGACAGCCUUCCCAAGGACCUACUUUUGGAGUUAAAGGUGGAGCAGCAGGAGGUGGAUAUGCCCAAGUGAUUCCCAUGGAGGAGUUCAAUCUCCAUUUGACUGGAGAUAUUCAUGCUAUAACUGCUGCAAAUAACUUGCUCGCUGCUGCUAUUGAUGCGAGGAUCUUGCAUGAAAAUACUCAGUCUGAUAAGGCUUUGUAUAACAGACUGGUUCCAGUAGUUAAUGGUGUGAGAGGAUUUUCUACUAUUCAGCUUGCCCGUUUGAGAAGGCUGGGGAUAAAUAAGACUGAUCCUAGUACUUUAACAGAAGAGGAGAUCAGCAAAUUUGUGCGCCUUGAUAUUGACCCGUCAACUAUAACAUGGCAAAGAGUGGUGGAUACCAAUGACAGAUUCCUACGGAAAAUUACAAUUGGCCAGGCAAAUACAGAGAAGGGAUUUGUCCGUCAGGCUCAGUUUGAUAUUGCUGUUGCAAGUGAAAUUAUGGCCAUUUUGGCACUUACCUCCGGCCUUGCAGAUAUGAAGGAGAGGCUGGGGAAAAUGGUGGUGGCUAAUGAUAAAAAGGGACAACCAGUAACAGCAGAGGAUUUGGGAGUAACGGGUGCUUUGGCAGUUUUGAUGAAAGACGCCAUUAAGCCAACGCUGAUGCAGACACUAGAGGGAACACCAGUAUUUGUUCAUGCUGGACCUUUUGCUAAUAUUGCACAUGGGAAUUCUUCAGUUUUGGCAGAUAAAAUCGCCCUUAAAUUAGUUGGAGAAAAAGGAUUUGUUGUAACUGAAGCUGGCUUUGGUGCUGACAUUGGGAUGGAGAAAUUCUUCAACAUCAAAUGCAGAUCCUCUGGCUUGGUUCCCAGCGUGGUUGUGCUUGUUGCUACAGUGAGGGCUUUGAAGAUGCAUGGAGGUGGGCCAAAUGUAACUGCCGGUGCCCCUCUUAAGAAAGAAUACACAGAAGAGAACCUCCAGCUGGUAGCUGAUGGCUGCUGUAAUCUACAGAAACAGAUUCAAAUUGCUCAGCUGUUUGGAGUUCCUGUUGUGGUUGCUCUAAAUGUCUUCAAAACUGACUCUCCUGCCGAGGUUGAUUUGGUCUGUGAGAUUGCCAAGAGGUCCGGAGCGUUUGAUGCUGUACCCUGCAACCACUGGUCAGCUGGUGGUAGAGGAGCAGUGAAAUUAGCUCAAGCUGUGGAAAAGGCAGCCAGUCAGAAAAGCAGUUUCAAAUAUCUAUAUAACUUGGAGCUUCCUAUUGUUGAAAAAAUCCGGAUCAUUGCUCAGAAGGUGUAUGGAGCUCAGGAUAUAGAGUUGUCUCCUGCUGCACAGUCGCAAGUGGAUCGCUACAGCCGGCAGGGAUUUGGAAAUCUUCCCAUUUGUAUGGCAAAAACUCACCUAUCCCUCUCCCAUCAGCCUGAGAGGAAGGGUGUUCCCACCGGUUUCAUUCUGCCGAUCAGUGAUGUGCGGGCCAGCAUUGGAGCUGGAUUCAUCUACCCUUUGGUAGGAACGAUGAGCACCAUGCCGGGGCUGCCCACGAGGCCUUGCUUCUACGACAUCGACCUUGACCCCGCCACAGAGCAAGUGAAAGGGCUCUUCUGAGAGCGAGCUCCAGCACCAGAAGCCUGGAAAAUAAGAACUGCAACUUUCCUACGUUCUACCAAUAGAGGAGAAAAAUGAAUUUGAAAUAUUCCUGUUAUGUGUCCCUGGAGGAAUGUCAAGACAGACCAAAGAGCAAAAGUUUACUCUUUCUUCAGACUAAUUUUUAUGAUGAUAUAUAGCUGUAAGGUUUAAAAAAAAAAAAGUAGGCUUUUUUUUUCUCUCUCUAGUACAGAGAACUCCCUACAAAGGCUUACACUUGUUUGUUUUUGAGUAAGAUGAUAUUGAAAAAAAAGUGAUUUUUUUCAUCGUGAACUUUUUGACUCUUCUCAAAGGAGUUUAACAUAAGUAUUUCCCUUAUCCUCGGUCAUCUAAAAAUUACAUAAACAUGAAGAGACUGUGUGAGCAAGCCUAUUUCUCUCAAAAAGUACAUUUCAGCUCUCAGCAUUCAGGAGCUGAAACGGCACACAGAUUAACUGCACAUUUUUGAGUUAUCACCCAGCGUUGCUCUGGAUGCAUUUGGGCAAGUGCCAAGUUUCAAGUGAGGAAGAUAUUAAGUGGAGAAAGAACGGAGCGUAUAUUUUGCAAAGGGGUUUUAAUACGGAACCCGUUUCCUUGGUGGGCACAGAUCUCCUGCAAAGCCUAAGCCAUAGUUGCCAUAGGUGUCCAUAGGUACCUGCUGAGACGUGAUGCGGGCAGUAAGGUAGAGGAGUAAAUGCUGUAAUUUUAAGAAAGCAAACUUCUGUGAACGUAUACAUCCAUAAAGUCCGGGUGCUACAGGACGGAUGUUUGGUCUGCUUCAUUCGGCAGCUUUUGACUACUCUACAAGUGGAGUGUGUUUUGUGUUGGAAGUUGGGGUGUUUAAGCAAGUUGAAUCUUAGACCUGGUACUUUAAUCUCCCACAGUAACCUAGGUUUUCCAGGAUAGCUUUUCCUCAGUUUGCAGCAAAGGAAGCCUUAAGCACAAAGCUGAUGUAGCUUUUCAAGCUGCUGCUUCUCAGG